UUCUCAACAUGUUUGCUAAGUUUAUCUUUGCUUCCACCUUUGUGGCCAUGGCUAUCGCCCGCCCUGAAGAAACUCCCGGCUAUGAUUACUCUUCCCCUUCCCACGUCUCCUCACCCGGCAAGUACGACUUCAACUACGCUGUCAAGGACGACUACUCCAGUAAUGACUUCGGUCACCAGGAGGAUCGCGAUGGUUAUGGCACCCAGGGUUCUUACUACGUCCUCCUUCCCGACGGUCGUCUGCAGAAGGUCACCUAUUCCGUGAACGGCGACUCCGGCUUCGUAGCCGAGGUCAGCUACGAGGGAGAGGCCCAGUACGCGGCUUCACAACGUUCGUACAAGCCAACCCCAUCAUACACGUAAACGAUUAUUUCGGCAGGCAAUCGUCCAAU